AUUCUGAACCAUUUGGCGUUCGAUACAGCGUCGCGUUGUUGUUGGGGAAGUUUAGUGCGCAUGCGCAGACCGUUACAUGUGAGUGAAUCUGAGCACUUAGCCGCCGGUGCAGCAUGGAAAGGAAAGUACUUGCACUUCAGGCGAGGAAGAAAAGGACCAAAACCAAGAAACCUGGCAAAAAUUGGUCAAGCGAAUUCACCCCAAAAGUGACACCAAAAGUGACAAAGCAAGCAAACGACGAAGACGAGGGAACACGAAGGCCUGAUCCCCACCCGAGGGGAGCCGCACAGCAGCCUGACUCACUGCAGGAGCAAGAUGAGGAGAUCUUGGGUUCAGAUGAUGAGGAACAAGAGGAUCCUAAUGAUUACUGCAAGGGUGGUUAUCACCAUGUGAAAAUAGGCGACCUGUUCAACGGACGUUACCACGUAAUCCGCAAGCUGGGAUGGGGUCAUUUUUCCACUGUUUGGCUUGCUUGGGACAUACAAGGGAAGCGUUUUGUGGCCAUGAAAGUGGUUAAGAGCGCAGAGCACUACACUGAAACAGCACUCGAUGAGAUCAAGCUCCUGAGAGCGGUCAGGAACACAGACCAGAAUGAUCCCAGCAGGGAGAAAGUGGUGCAGUUAUUGGACGACUUCAAGAUCUCGGGCGUGAACGGAACCCAUGUGUGUAUGGUGUUUGAAGUUCUCGGCCACCAUCUGCUAAAGUGCAUUAUCAAGUCCAACUACCAGGGCCUGCCGCUGCCAUGUGUCAAGAGCAUUAUUCGACAGGUUUUGCAAGGCCUGGACUACCUGCACACCAAGUGUAAGAUCAUUCACACUGAUAUAAAGCCAGAGAACAUCCUGAUGGACGUGAAUGAGGCGUAUGUCAAGAGACUGGCUGCGGAGGCCACGGAGUGGCAAAAAUCUGGAGCUCCUCCCCCUUCUGGAUCCGCAGUGAGUACAGCUCCGGCCCCAAAACAAAUGGGCAAAAUGUCCAAGAACAAGAAGAAAAAGAUGAAGAAGAAACAGAAGCGUCAGGCUGAGCUCUUGGAGAAGAGGAUUCUGGAGAUCGAGGGGCUGGAGAAAGGCCCUGAGGGAGGAGAAGAGGAAGAGGAGGAUGAAACGGAGACGCCCGACAGCACCCCGUCAGUCCCCGCCAGUCACACACUGCAAGACAUCACAGCCGAGGCCACACCGGGUGGCGUCUCAGAUGAUUGGUCUCAGCACAGAGGCGCCAUCAACGGUCACAGCCAGGGCCCCGAGGAAGAGCAGACCCUGGACCUCCAGCAGCAGAUCAAGGACGAGACCCCCGUGAACCCCUACGACAGCGGCACCGAGGGCUCAGAGCCUACUAACCCUUACCCAGCAUGCAACGGCACCGUAGAGAAAGAGCCCAGUCCUCCAUCCCCUGUCACCACAGACGGUAAUGGACCUUUGAUUUGUGGCAUGGUUGAGUCACAGUGCCCUAGGGUGCAGGAUCAAGAGAGCCCCACGGCGGAGCUGAACGGCUCCGGUUCUGUUGAGGGCCCCAAAGCGGAGAUGGGCCUCACCAUGGAGGUGGACCCCAGCGCGCAGGCGGCCACAGAGGAGGAGAGCCUGAAGGACGCUAAAAUUGCAGAAGGAAACCUGCUAGUCAACCCUCUGGAUCCGCUAAACGCUGAUAAGAUCCGAGUAAAAAUCGCUGACCUGGGCAACGCCUGCUGGGUGCACAAGCAUUUCACAGACGACAUUCAGACGCGGCAGUAUCGCUCUCUGGAGGUGUUGAUUGGAUCAGGAUACAGCACCCCAGCUGACAUCUGGAGCACAGCUUGCAUGGCAUUUGAGCUGGCAACAGGCGAUUACCUGUUUGAGCCUCACUCCGGAGAGGAUUAUUCCAGAGAUGAAGAUCACAUCGCGCUGAUCAUCGAGCUGCUGGGGAAGAUUCCUCGUAAACUCAUCACGAACGGCAAAUAUUCCAAGGAAUUUUUCACCAAGAAAGGGGACCUAAGGCACAUAACCAAGCUGAAGCCGUGGGGUUUGCAGGACGUGCUGGCCGAAAAGUAUGAAUGGCCCCGAGAGGAAGCCCAGAAUUUCUCAGACUUCCUCCUCCCGAUGUUGGACCUCAUCCCAGAGAAAAGAGCCACGGCUGCCGAGUGCCUCCGUCAUUCCUGGAUCACCUCCUAGUGGCCAAAAAGCUCCAAACACACACACACACACUUCUCUGAACUCAUGAAUGCUCCCCACUGGCAGACGCGGUCUUAAGAGCCGUGCCUGGUGUCAUGGCAGAUAUUAGCCGCGAGUACAAGAAGAUCCAGUUCUCAAAUUGUUGUUGCUUUUUUAUGUAAUUGGUAUAAUUUGUGUACUGUCAUUACAGUGGUUUGUGCUCUUGCUAAUUUAUCUAACAGCCACUUCUCUUAUCGAUUUCUGUCAUAUCACAGGAUGGUUUGACACAUCAGAAUUGAUUUAUCUUCUUAAGAGAUUCGACUUUGUUCCACUUCUCUCUGUUUUCUUAAAAGCGUAGUGUUGCAGUAAGUCGGACUCAGUAGCUGAUUGUGGUGUUUUUUUCACUGUAUUAAAAAAAGAGAUUGUUAAUCACAGCUUCCUUCAAACUGUUUUCCAUAUCUUCACAAGGGGUUUUACAUCAGCUGUCUGAAUGAAGGGAACAUGAAUGGACAUUUUUGAAGUUAUAAGAGUGUUUCAGAAGUCUUCAUAUUGAAUGUGAGCUACUAUACAGUGUAAGAGAAACACACAUAUAUUUUUACCACAAAGGGCAAAAAGAACUCAAAGUAGAGAAAUGCUAACCCUUCAUGUGUCACAAAAUCCAUAAAGGACUAUCAUGUUUUUUUUGUUUGUUUGUUUUUUUUAAGUAAUGACGUUUAACAUGUGAAUGCCAGGGAAUAGUUUUGGUAUCAAGGUCUAUUUCUGUUACAAAAUCUGUGAAAACAUUCGACAUUAUGUACAUACUCGUACCAAAGAGUUGGUUCUUCACACAAUCAGUGCUGUACAGACUUAAGUCCCAUCAUUGUGUACAGUUUUGCUAUGAAUGAAUGGCUUAAGGAAAAUGUUUGAGAAUCACUGAUUUAGAGAUGCCUUGAAAUGAAUCUGCAAUGAUCUGUGCGUCUUUCUGAGCUUUUUUUUUUCCCUACAGUGUUGAUUCAAACAAUAUCCCAGCUUGACUUUGAAGGGCCUUUUGCUUUCUCUUCUGGAUGAGGCGAUUUCAUGUGACCUUUUACAGCAUCACAAAUAUCAUCUGCUGUCUCCUUUUUCAUGAAUGUCUCUGCUGUUGAUUGUCCAGCAUUGGACUAAAAUUGUUUCUGUAGUAACUUCAAAUAAAGAUUUGAAAUGGCAAAA